AUGUCUCAGACUUCUCCUUCGAAGAACACUACUCCUCGCUCUGAAACUACAUUCGACUCUAGGGCACCAAGUAUGGUAGGUGAUCAGGAUGUUGUGCUGGAUGUUGCGCCAUUGAACUCGGUCCCAGCCACUGAUCCUGUUGGCAGUAUACCAAGAAAGAUGCAUGCAAGAAAAUCAACUGGUGGGUCUGUUCCAGAAACGUUUUCUGCUCAGAAUAAAGAAGGAUCUGCUUAUGUCCACAAUGCGAUCGCAGGUCUUGUCACAAGAAUCUUGAAUGAAGGUCACAAGGUAGCAGGAAUAUCUGUUUCUUUAGCCCAAGUUCCUGCCCCUGAGAACAGAGAAGAUGAUCAAGUUGAUGCUAGCAAAGAUCAUGUUGAUGUUGAGACAUCUGAAGCCAACAAUGUUGAGGGUUCUGAUGCUAAAAAUGCUGAUGCAUCUGGAGAUAAAGAUGCUGAGAUUCUUGAAACUGAGAAAGCUGAAGAGGUCAAUGCUACUUCUCCUAAAGAGAAGCCUACUUGUCCUAUUGACAGUGUAAAUGAUAUGGUGGAUCUGGAUAAUCUUGAUGAUCCUAUUGACAUUGCUGAUGAUGACCUCAUCUCUAGCAUUUCCAACAGAGUCAAGGCUCGAAGGGGAAAGCAGGUUGAUGAUCAACAUCCUCCCAAAACAAAGGUUGCUCCUCUAAAGAAUGCCACCAAAGAAAACAUCAAGAAGGUAUCUGCUGAGCCUUCAAAAACUAGGAGCAAGGUUGCUGUGAAGAAGAGAAAAGAAAGAAGUGUUUCUGACUCCGAAGACAAUGUCCUAAGUGAUGUCCCUGACAUCCCUUCAAAGAAGAAGAUUGCUGUCACAAAAUCCUCCAUAAAGGUCCGUGAUGUUCCUUUGGACAACAUUUAUCUGCACUAUGCUUCAAAUGCUAUCUAG